AUGAAUGGGCAUGUUGUGGAUAGCAUAGGAAACAAUCAACAUGUGGUGGUAAAUGGGAAUCAUAUUGCUCAGAAUGGGCAGAUUGCAAAAAAGAAGGGAGAGGCCUUUUCAACCAGACCAAAUCAUGCAUCAAACAACAGUGAGAGUAGGCAUUCAGAGAUUGAAUCAAAGAAAACAGGCAAGAUGAAGAAUAUGGAUGCGGAAGGCGAAGCAGAAAAUGGGAUAGAUUUAACCAAAAAGGAAGCAUUGAUGCUGCUGAGGGAUGAAAAAAAUGCUGCAGCAACAGUGAGCGGCAAAGAGCAAAGGAGAGCAUAUUUUGAACGUGAGCUAGAGAAACGAAUCCUGCAUACCAACCCUCUGGGUAAAGACAGAGAUUAUAACAGGUAUUGGUGGUUUAAGCGUGAUGGGAGGAUGUUUGUUGAGAGUUCCGACUCCCAGCUUUGGGGCUAUUAUUGUUGCAAGGAAGAGAUUGACGCGUUGCUGGGCUCACUGAACCCCAAGGGUGAGAGAGAGAGGGCUCUUCGAAAGCAGGUGGAGAAAUUCUAUAGUAGAAUGUGCUCUGAACUCCAGAAGAGAUCGAAGGACUUGGCUACCAAAAUCGCAUUGGAGGAAGCUGUGCAGAGGAGAUCUACUCGUGUUCGGGCUCUACCAAGAGAGAAUCCUGCCAAUGCUUUUCUCAAUUAUGUUAACAAGUUGAAAGAAGACUAA